AUGGUGAUUUCCCAUCCCAUGAGAGCUUGUUCCCAGCAUUUAAUCUUUGUUGAUGAAUUAUUGCAGGACUCGUUUGUAGCUGGAUCAGACACAUCCUCGAGUACAGUAGAAUGGGCCAUUACAGAGCUUAUUCGUAACCCAAGAAUACUGGCCCAAGCCCAACAGGAGAUCGACAAAGAGGUUGGAAAGAACCUAACUCAAUUAACUUAUUUGGAAGCCUUAGUCAAGGAAACCUUAAGGGUUCAUCCAACUACCCCUCUCUCCCUCCCCAGAAUUGCAUCAGAGAAUUGUGAGAUUAAUGGUUAUUUCAUUCCAAAAGGCUCAACACUUCUCGUAAACGUUUGGGCCAUCGCUCGUGAUCCAAAUGAAUGGGCUGAUCCAUUGGAGUUUAGGCCCGAAAGAUUUUUGCCUGGAGGUGAGAAGCCCAAAGUUGAUGUGCGAGGAAAUAACUUUGAAGUAAUUCCAUUUGGAGCUGGACGUAGAAUCUGUGCUGGAAUGAAUUUGGGCAUACGAAUGGUCCAGUUGAUGACUGCAACUUUAAUUCAUGCAUUUAAUUGGGAUUUGCUAUUGGACAAUCGCCAAAGAAACUAA